AUGGCUCUCAACCGCACCACGGGAGUCGGGUCCCCCGUGGAAGCAACAAAGCCCCCAAGAGAAACCCUUGAUGCGCUGCAGCUAGAGGUAUGCCGGUUGCGUGAGGAGAAGCGGCUGGCGGGCGAAAUUUUCUCAGAGACAAUUUGCAGCUAUGAAGAGGAAGUGCGGCAGCUCAAGGAGGCUCUUGCUGCAGCACAGCAGCAGCCUAAAACUCGCACGCUUGCAGCAGCAACAGCAGCAGCAGCAACAGCAGCAGCAACAGCAGCAGCAGCAGCGGCGCGAGGAACCCGUUCGUCUUCUCAACCAAGAAGUCGAGCGCGAGACAAGACCGCAGCAGCAGAUGCAGCAGCAGCCGCGGGAGCAGCAACAGCAGGUUCAACAUCAUCUUCAGUAGCAGCAGCAGCAGCUGCUGCUGCUGUUGCUGCUGCUGCUGACGGUCAGCUACCUUUCGCGCGUUCCCAGUCCUCCACCAUGGCUGGCAGCAGCAGCAGCGAGCAGCAAGACACAUCAUCAUCAUCAUCAUCAGCAGCAGCAGCAGCAGCAGCUGCUGCUGCUGCUGCAGCAGCAGCUGCUGCUGCUGCUGCUGCUUCCGACCCCUUUCCGUCCGACGUGGACAGCAGCAGCAGCAAAAGCAGCACAAGCACCAGCAGCAGCAGCGGGAGCAGCAGCAGUAGGCGAGAAGGCGCCUGCAUCGGAGCGGUUUUGCCCAGCUCGGCUGCUGCUGCAGGAGCUGCUGCUACUGCUGCUGCUCCUAAGAAGGAGCCAUGUGGGCCCCGCGGUUCCCGCGCUGCAGCUGCUGAGUCAUCAGUUGCUGGCGGCCCCCCCGAGAGCCCCCAAGCGGCCCCCGGGGGCCCCUCCGGGGGCCCCCCGGGGGCCCCCGGGGGCCCCAGCGCAGGCGCGGGGGCCCCCAGCCUCCCCCCCCCCUCGCAGGCUGUGACUCCUGUACCCUUUGGAGUGUCUUGGGGGGACCGAAUGGAACCUUUUUUGCAAAAUGUUUUGGAAGUUUUUGUGAUGCUGCGGCCGGACUUGGGUUACGUGCAAGGAAUGGCAUUUGUUGCUGCGACGCUGCUGCUGUACAUGGACGAGUACUCCGCCUUCGUCUGCUUCGCCAACCUCAUGCUGCGGCCGUCGCUGCAUGCGUUUUACACCUUCGACAUGGCCACAGUCCAGGGCUACUUCCGCACUUUCGAUUUGCUGCUGAGGGAGAAGCACCCGCUGCUGCUGCAGCACUUUCAGCAGAUUGGACUUCAAACUGACGUUUUCCUCGUGGACUGGAUGUACACCUUAUUCACGAGGUGUCUUCCCUUUGAGCUCCUAGGCCGCGUGUGGGACUUGUUCAUCAUUAAAGGAGAUGUUCUUCUCUUCCAGGCGUCGCUCGCGAUUGUGUCUUACUUCCAUGAAGAACUGCAAAAAGGAUCGCUAGAUGAAUGCAUGGCCAUUCUCUCGCCCUCCACGACAACGCGCUUCCAAGCCAUACAUUCUGAGCGUUUUCUCUCGCUGCUAUUUGGCAUAGAAUUGACCCCUCAGCGUUUGGAAAGUCUUAUGUCGGAAGUUCAAAAAACUUUGAAUGAAAAGAGAAAAAAAGAACAAUUGGGGCCCCCAGAGGGCCCCCACCGUUCGGCGCUGCAGCAACUCAACGGCGGUGGCGCAGCAGCUGCUCCCGCUGCGGCAGAAACUGCUGCUGCUGCUGCAGAAACUGCCGCUGCUGCUGCUGCAGAAACGCCGGAUGCAGCAGCAACAGCAGCAAAUGAGCUAUCUGAACACGCAGAGGGGGCCCCAAAAGAACACUCGGGGGGCCCCUCCUCGCGCAUGCGUCUGCGUUCCUUUACUUGGACUGCUGAGGGGCCUGAAGGCGAGUAG